UCAUGUUUUCUUGACAGAUACCUAAAAUGUAAAACUUCUCAGAUUCAGCUGAUCAUGCUGGCAGUCCUGACUCUGUCCUCUCUAUGGGCCCUGAUGUGGGAGUCUAACCUCUGCCCUCCCAUCUGCCUGUGCCAGCACGACCUGACCACCGUUGAAUGUCAGGAAAAAGGACUGAAACAGAUCCCUGACCUCCCAGCUGACACAGAGCAGCUGUUUGCUGCCUACAAUGAGAUACAGGAAGUACCCUGGCAUAAGCUGGAGAAUCUGCAGGUCCUGGACCUGACAGCAAACCAGCUGAACAUCUCCCUCUCAGUAGUUCAGCCCUCUUUGAAGAAGCUCCUGAAGCUCUUCCUAGGAAACAAUAGCCUCCAGAUGUUGCGCCCUGGUCAGUUUAUGAACUGCCCUGCUCUCACCAUACUGGACUUAAGUGAGAACCAGAUUGAACAUCUAACAUCUGGCUUCUUAAAUGGAUUAGCCAAUCUGGCAAGACUUACCAUGAACUUUAACCGUAUUCAGAUGCUGCAAGUUGGCGCUUUAGAUGGAGCUUUCGCCCUCACUGAAAUCUACCUUAGCCAUAAUAACAUAUCAAAGAUAGAAGACGGUGCAUUCAAGGACCUGGCGCUGCUGGAGAAACUAAAUCUAGCAGGGAACAGAAUCAUGAAUGUGGAUGUGGGCAGCUUCAGAGGAGCAAAGGCUCUCCAACAUCUCGACCUGAGUUACAACAGGCUGGUCACUGUUCCUGCUGAAGCACUGAGGGAGGUAAGCGAUCUUAAGUGGUUGCUUCUCCAGAAGAACAGCCUCGCUAGCCUUCAAGAGGACUGCUUCUCCUCCCUGAGCUCAUUGGUUCAUCUGGAUUUGAGCCACAACACACUGACCUCUCUGUCUGAGGGAUCACUAAGAGGUCUGAGCAGUCUGCGUGAGCUGGAUCUCAGCAACAACCUUAUCGAUUCCCUUCCUCCUAAACUCUUCAUCGACUUGGCAAGCCUCGAGUCUCUUGAUUUGUACACAAACAGGUUUAAAUCUCUUCCUCUGGAUGUGUUUGGUUACCUGAAGAACCUACAGGAGCUGCAGCUGGAAGCCAAUCAAAUCAGUGUUUUGCCUGUUGGAGUUUUUGAUUCGCUGACCAGACUCAGUGAGCUACAGCUCUCUAACAACCACAUCCUCCAGCUAGACCACGCUGUUUUUGCAAAGCUGAAGUCACUGCAUUACCUGUACAUCGAGAACAACUCUCUGAGGCAUCUUCCUAAAGGUCUUUUCCACAAGACGAGAAACCUGAAGGAGAUUCACCUUAAUCACAACCACAUCAGAUCCCUACAUCCGUCAUUGUUUCAUGGUUUGAAGAGAGUAAAUUCACUGAGUCUCUCUGGUAACUCUCUCACCUCACUACACCCAGACCAAUUCAGGGACCUUGUCAGUCUCAAAGAAUUAAAACUAAAUGAAAACCAGAUUUUUAACCUUUCUGUAAGCCUGUUUAUCAAUCUAAAUAAUCUAGUAAUCCUCAACCUGGACAACAACCAGAUCCCAGAGCUGUCUCCUGAUGACUUUGUAGGGCUGACUCGCCUUAAAGAGCUCAAACUCAGCAACAAUCAGCUUCAUAGCAUCCCCUUUAACGCCUUUGCUCCCCUCCAAAACCUCCGCAGGCUCCUGCUAAAGAACAACAGCCUGGAAAGAAUACCCACCCAGCUCUUUGCACAACUCUCAAAUCUGACAGAGCUCAACUUGGACGGGAACAAGCUGCAGUUUCUGCAGUCAGGUGUAUUUCAAGGACUCACAAACCUCCAGAGAUUGAGUUUAAGGUUCAACCAGCUCAGAGUGGUGGAGACAGGGACUCUCAACCCAUUAAAAAACCUGAAAGUGGUGUAUCUGUCAGGUAAUUUGUGGGACUGUACCUGUGCAUGGACUCUCUACAUCAGCAGCUGGGUCAACAUGCACAGUGACAAACUCGGAGACCAGCCCACCUGCAUCUUCUCCUCUUUGUCAGACUCUAUUUCACCUCCAUCUUCUUCACGCUUUCCUGAGGAGACCCCGCUCUCUCAUGCUGCUCUGUCUCCCUUCUUGUUUCAGGAUGAUUGCUUCAAAAAUGAUGCAAAAAGCUCAUUUCCUUUAGACAUGCUGAAUGUGCUCACCACGCCUCUCUUAGCAGUCAGCACAUUGUGGCAUGCUUUGUAGUGGUUUAUGCUGUCUAAUCUUUUUAUUUGCUGCCUUUGCUUUUAAAGUCUGCUCUUAGUUUUUAAGUAUUUGUACCAAAAUCUUAUGGUUUGGAUUUGUAAUCGUUGUAAACUCAUAUUUUAAUCUAGAAAGCACCUCCACUGGAACUGGGAUCUUUAAAAAAAUGACAAGUUAUACUUGUUAAAAAAAUCAUCCUUAUUAACAAGUAUAACUUGUUAGUGAGUUAUUUUUGUGCUAUUUCAUAUAGAAUUUAAACAAAUCUUAAUGUUUUAUGCCAAAAAAUUGGUACAACUUCUAAUUAAAGCUUCCCUUAAAUUACAGGGACAGUAGAACCACCUCUGUUUGUAUUAUUCAUAACCAGGUCAGGCCAGUGUUGGGAUUUUUACUGUUAAAUUUUGGUUAUGGUUGAAAAAUUUAUCAUCAUAAAUAAAAAAUAACAAGAUUAAAAAAUAACGUGGCAUCACCCUGAAGACAGGGAAAACAAAAACAAAAAGGAGCAAAAAUCAGUCUCAGAAUUAAGAUUUAAAUAGUAAUAUUGUUAUUUUUAUAAAUGGUGUAUAAUAUGGAUGAUAUUUGUGAUUUUAUUAUUGAGUAUUACAUUUUGAUCUGUCACCUCACAGAUAUAAGUCUUCCUGAUUCACAUCCCUGUUGGACCAAGGCCCUUCUGUGUGGAGUUUGCAUGUUCUCCUUGGGCAUGCAUUGGCUCGCUUUGGCUUCCUCCUACAGACAAAAGACAUGUCUGUUAAGUUAAUUGGUGACUCCAAAUUCACACUCACACUUUCAGCGAGUGAGUCAUAAAUACUCAUACACACAAAACAUUGCAGAUACUGUACUCAAUAUCAUUUUACAGCAUUUUAUUAGCUUCUCAUAUUUAAGCAAGUAGGUGAAUUUGGAGCCAUGUUAUUUGAGAUAAAAUAAGGAUGACAACAGUAGACCAUACUUUAAGGUCUGACCUGUUAAAUUGUUUAGAGAAGGAGGAAAGGAAGAGCCGAUAAAACUAAAAACAACUUUCAAAACAGAUAAUUAAAAAAUGACUGUCCGGGUUAUUUGCAAAGUCCAUCAUAAAAAAUGGCAGUCAAAAUGAUGUCCAUAUGGAUGUUGUGGUACUUGAACUCAUUUACCUCUUUGUAAUGUGUGUAUAUAUUAGUAAGAAUGUGAAUUAUGAAUUCUGUGUACAAAAAAGUGACUUUUUUUCAUCUUACGGAUGGUUACUGUCUGUCAUUUUUGAUGAUUUUUUCCAGUGUAAUGUAACUACUGUAACAUGACACCCUAAAUGUAUUUAAACCCCGGUUUUUAUUGUCUAUUAUAUCCUGAUGAAGACUUGUUUGAGUUGAAAUGUGAUGGAACAUCCCUAUUUAAUAGCAGACUUUAAUAUUA